CAAGCAGACACGUCUUUCUCGGUCGUUGCAAAACACCCUAACAUUUCUGAAUCGGAGCCCUAAAUUUUCUCGAUCGUUUUUGUUCAUCACCCUCCUUCGCCUGAAAUCAUGGCCAAUGCAGCAUCAGGGAUGGCUGUGCAUGAUGACUGCAAGCUAAAGUUUAUGGACUUGAAGGCAAAAAGGACCUUCCGUUUCAUCAUUUAUAAGAUCGAAGAGAAACAAAAGCAGGUGAUGGUUGAAAAGCUUGGAGAACCAGCGGAAACUUAUGAUGAUUUUGCAGCAUGUCUCCCUGCUGAUGAAUGCCGAUAUGCUGUCUUUGAUUUUGAUUUCAUGACUGCAGAAAAUGUCCCAAAAAGCAGGAUCUUCUUCAUCGCCUGGUCACCUGAUACUGCAAGAGUGAGGAGCAAGAUGAUUUAUGCAAGCUCAAAGGACAGGUUCAAGAGAGAGCUUGAUGGCAUUCAGAUUGAAUUGCAAGCAACCGAUCCCACCGAGGUUGGGCUUGAUGUUAUUAGAAGCCGAGCAAAUUAAACAUCUAAAAUUUCAAAUGGAGAUGACGAGGAUUCUUCAUAGAAUAUUGUGAUUUUAUGUUAAAUGUUUAUAGUUGUUUCUGGUAUGGUAUGUAGUAUCAGUAUCAGUACGAACGAGUACCAGUUGUUACUUUCCUCAAAAGUCUUGCUUUCCGUCAAGAACCAGUGUGAUUUCAGGUAAAAAAAUUUGUGUGAUGUUUUGUGUGAUUCAAGUAUUCAACACAAGUAAUAUGGGAUUUGUAUUGUAUUUCAAUUUCAAUUUCAUUUCAUUUCAUUUCAUUUCUUACAAUCAUAUUAAUGCUAUUAAACUGGAAUCACCAUUUAAACAUGUUUGUUAUACAUAAUUGUUGACAAAGAA